UUACAUACUUAUAAAAACAUCUAAAGAAAGAAUUAUGAUCUCCCUUUUGCAACAUGUUGGUCAAACAGAACAUUUUGAGUAUAAAGGCUUGGAGCAAUAUUUGCAAGGACCAAUCAGUUGUAUUAAAAAUGAAAGGCGUAGCUGGGUUUAUUUUGUGCAUUUUGGUUCAUAUGCAGAUAGAUUUCUGUUCUGCGGGAACAACAGAAGCUCCAGUUGAAGAAGUAUGCGCAACGCCAUUUUAUAGGUUAGCCAAGGACAUACGAAGGCCAAGGAAACGGAAUGGACUAGUUGACACCGAAUAUCGAUGGAAAAAUGCCACAAUUUGUUAUAUAAUAACUGGAACCUUCACUGAGGAAGAGCAGAAAACUAUUAGAACAUCUCUGGCCACAGGAUUCGUGGGAACGUGUCUCAGAGCAAUAGAGUGCAAAGAUUGUUGCGGUGGGGACUAUGUAUUUAUAAAGAAUGAUGAGCCAGGUUGUUUAUCUCCGGUUGGACGCGUGGACGGCCCUCAAGAGUUAAACUUGGGGGAAGGUUGCACGGAGAAGGGCACUAUAUUGCACGAAACCUUGCAUGCAGCUGGGUUCACGCAUGAGCAAAACAACCCAAACAGAGAUGACUACGUUAUCGUGUUGGAAGAAAACGUAAUCCCUGAUGAACUGGUCAAUUUUGAAAAGUUCUCACCCGAUUACGUAACGAGUUUUGGAGCCCCUUAUGAUGUUUGCAGUAUUAUGCAUUACGACGAAUGCUCCUUUUCUGUAAAUGGCAAAAAGACUCUUCUUCCCAAGGAGCCACCAAAUUGUACUAUGGGAUUUAUAAAUGAACUAAGCCCAAUUGAUAGACUCAAAGUAAAUUUGAUGUACAACUGUACUGACUAUUUAUUGGACUGUGAUUAAGAUAUCUAAUGUAAAGCGAUGUAAGUUUUGUU